UUAUCCAUACGAGAGAGGUCUGUGCGUUUCGGCUGCACUCCUCUUACUAUAGGGCGAGGCGGAGCUCAUCUCAAAAGAGCGAACAGAAGCUGAUUCAUCCCAUCACUAAACAGAAACUGAAAAAGAGUUUUGUUUUAUAUGCAGAUUAAAGAUCAUCAUUAUGUCAUCGCACUGCGUAUAUUAGGCUACUUUCAGUUUAACUGGUGAAAACAGAAGAACUGCUUCACAGAAUCUGCAGUCAUUUUAGGCAAAAACUGAAAAUGCACCAUGUCUCAGAUUUGCUCUCACUGAGCAUGUAUUUACUCGUGUGCGGUGUUUUCGGUGCUGGUGCAGAUGAAGAGUCAGUGUCUGUGAUGGAGGGAGAUUCAGUCACACUAACAUAUCCUUUGAAAAAAGAAGAAGAAAUUAUAUGGUAUUUUAAUAACAGUCGCAUCGCUGAAAUUACUGGAGAUCAGAGUAAGAUCUGUACAGAUGAACAGUGUAAUGAGAGAUUCAGAGACAGACUGAAGCUGGAUCAUCAGACUGGAUCACUGACCAUCAUGAACACCAGAAACACAGACUCUGGACUUUAUGAUGUAUGGAUCUCCAGAAGAAACAGUGGCGAUGGAGGAUCCUACUCUGUUGUUGUUCAUGGUGUGUCUGGUGUUGAUAAAGACAAAGUGUCAUUGAUGGAGGGAGAUUCAGUGACUCUACACACUGGUGUUAAAACAAAUCAACAAGAGAAGAUUACGUGGUAUUUUAAUGACUCUCGCAUCGCACAAAUCACUGUAGAUCAAAGUAAGAUCUGUACAGAUGUUCAGUGUAAAGGUGGUGAUGAGAGAUUCAGAGGCAGACUGAAGCUGGACAAACGGACUGGAUCUCUGACCAUCAUGAACAUCAAGACGUCAGAUGCUGGACUUUAUAAACUACAGAUCAUCAACAGCAGAAUGAGCAUCACAAAGAGAUUCAGUACUACUGUCGCUAGUGCGUCUGGUGUUGAUACAGACGAAGUGUCAUUGAUGGAGGGAGAUUCAGUCACUCUACACACUGGUGUUCAAACAAACCAACAAGAGAAGAUUAAAUGGUAUUUUAAGGACACUCGUAUAGCUCAAAUCAUUGGAGAUCUCAGUAAAGUCUGUACAGAUGUUCAGUGUAAUGAAGGCACUGAGAGAUUCAGAGACAGACUGAAGCUGGAUCAUCAGACUGGAUCUCUGAUCAUCACAAACAUCUCAAACACAGACUCUGGAGAUUAUGAACUAGAGAUCAUCAGCAGCAGGAUCAGCAUCAUGAAGAGAUUCAGUGUUUCUGUUCAUGGUGUUUCUGCUGCAGUCCGAGAUAAAAUGAAGAGAAAAUCAGUGAUGGAGGGAGAAUCUGUUACUUUAGAUACUGGUGUAAUAAAAACAGCAAAUCAUUUGAUUAUGUGGUAUUUUAAUGACACUCUCAUCGCUGAAAUCACUGGAGAUCAGAGUAAGAUCUGUGCAGAUGAACAGUGUAGUAAGAGAUUCAGACACAGACUGGAGGUGAAUCAGACUGGAUCUCUGACCAUCUCAAACGUCAGAAUCACAGACUCUGGAGAUUAUAAACUAAACAUCAGCUACAUCAGAUUCAGCAUCAUAAAGAGCUUCAGUGUUUCUGUCAUUGGCAGCAGGAGGGAGGACAGUCUUCAGGAGAAUGAUGCAGAGUACUCGCCCCUUAAUCACAGUAACUCUCAAUCGCCGAAUGUGAUGUCCCUUAAUCCGUCUGUGUCUGAGGCUGCCAAUGAAACACCACAGUAACAUUAUUAUACUGACUUGAGUAAUCCAAAAUUCGGAUCUAUUACGCCAUUUUUGCUUUGUAGUGUGGAUGGAGAAAACAGAGGUAUUUGAAAACGAUGACACUUGUUUAGUCAUGUGACGCAUAUUGUACCCAUAGAUAUCUAUAGUUAUACCGGCAUUGUUGUGCCUGUUAUUUACAUGAACAGUAUUGCAAAAAUUGAAUUUACUCGCAUAUGCUGUCCUGCAUGGCAAAAUAUGAUGAUAGUUGUGUUUUAAACGUUUGGAAAAAGCUUGAAAAACACUAGUGUGGAUGAGGAGCGGUUUUAAAUGAAAACUCAGUUUUCAAAUGUCUCUGGAUUACUGUAGACAUAGCCUAAACUGCUAUUCUGUGUGAUAUUUCUAAGCCAUUGAGACUCAUUUAAGCUUCCAUUCUAUCUUACAUUUACUAUCAAAAAUUCUAACUUUUAAUGCUACUAAACUAAAACUUGAAACUAUUUCAAACUUACAACCUCUAAACUUAAAACUUAGAGGUUAAAGGCUUUCUCAAGCCAACAUCAAAGUUUGUCGAUCUUGUUUAUCUAGAUUUUUUCAGUGAAAAAGAACAUAAAGAGAAGAUAAGGGAAUGAGAGAAGACAAUCAGCAGAAACUCAAAACACCCAGAGAGAAAUAGUGCCACAAUACCAAGAUUGUUGCUUCAGAAAAACAAUCAAUUAACAAUAAAUAAGAAACAAAGAAACACGUUAGCAGCAAUAAAACAAAGAUUGCUGAUGUUUUUCAUUAUAUAGAGGGUUUACUGAAGCAGCUAAAGUGAUCCAGAUAGGUAUAGUGAGACAUUUCAUUAAUAACUGAACAUGAAUCAUGAUGGAUAUUUUGAUCAAGUAAUGUCAUACUCAAGACAAGCUCUUCACAGACCAGCUGUCAGUCAAACUCUCAGGUACUGAAUUGAGUCUCUACUGAUAAUCUUUACAGUUUUACUAUUGUCAAUUGACAACACUACAGAUGAAAACACCAGUAUGAUGCUGCCUCUAACAAUUACAUUAUUAUAUACAUAUAUUUGUCUAUGGGUUUUUUUUUUUUGGUUUGUUUGUAAUGUCAUAGCUUUGUUUUGUCUAAAGUUUAAAGGUUAAAAUCCUCAAGGGUUGAUCCAUGAAAUAUCACCACUGUGUCCUUGAUCAAACUCUGAAUCUCAGGAACUGAACCUGUAAUAAGUGCUCUGAAAGACACUGUGGAGGAAAGUGGCAACAAAAAAUGCCAAAUAUGUGUUUUAUUGUAUUUCAUUUGCAAUAUAUUGUGUUGUUGUUGUUUUUUUUUCAAUGUUCCAUACCUUUUACUGGCUGCUGCACAAGCCUUUUUACAGGUAUUAAGCAUCUGAAUGCUGUUUUAAGCACUUCACAUAAAUACACUUGUCUGAACAAAAAGACUUGAAAUUGUGCAAAUCUCUGUUUGUUAGGUUCAUCCUGUUUGAUUUACUCAUUCAAAGAGCUCAUUGUCUGCUCACUGAACUCUGAGAUCUGGGGUUCCCAAAUCAACAGCAGGAUUUAGGUGUCAUCGUGGUGCACUUUAUUGUAAAUGUUCUCAGAAAAGCCAUUUCAGUUUCUCAGUUAAAGUACUACACUGUAAAAAAUAAAUGUGAUUUUAACAGUAAAAUAUUGUAAAAACGGUACGAAAAAAAUUGUAAAUGGGUUAACAGUAAGUUCCAGUACUAUGUACAGGGAAAAACUGUAAAAGCUCUUACCAGACAUUUUAUGUAAUUUUCACAGUAAAAUGCUGUAAAUUUUACAAUUUGUAGAAGUAAAAAAGAACAAAUCAAUGUAUAAUUUACAGUCAAAAACUGUAAACUGAUAUUCCCACAAUUCCCUGUGACACUCCACAUUUGAAAGUAUUUUGUUUAAAAAAUCAUGUUUCUUAAUAGUUUUUGUUAUCAGUUAUGUACAUUAGGGUUUUAUGUUACAUCUUCUGUUGUUUAAUGAAUGUUUAUUGCAUUAUGUAAGUGUUGUGGGUUACCAUGAUGGUGUUUUGCAUUUGCGUGAAUGACUCUUUGCACCCUCUUUACAUUAGUAUAUACUUCAGCUCGUGGAAAAGUUUUUUGUGCUGAACUCUGAUUCUUCAUGUGGCUUUCUCUUUUACCACCUGCAUUAUUAGGUGGUUGUCAGUAUAUGUUAAAGGUACAAAACAGAUUUUAGUAGUAGUGUGCAUUGUUGAAUUUACUUGUUUACAUUCAAAUUUUCUUGUUUGUAAAUUAGUUUUAUACUGUAAAAUUGACAGUUUGUUCUGUAAGUGUUUGUAAUGACGGGUCGACAGAAGGAGGAUCCAUUUGCAGCUUUAUUAAGAUAAUUACCAAAGCAGACAGGGGCAGAGGCAUAAACAGGGACAGGCAAUGGUCGAGGCAGGCGGCAGACGAACAGAGUAAAGUCACAGGCAAUGGUCAGGGCAGGCGGCAAACAAACACAGUCCAACGGCAACAGAAAUACAAUCCACAAGAAAACGCUCAGUAGUGAUCACCGGGGCAAAUCAAGACUUCGCAAAGGGUGUGUGUGUGUGUGUGUGUGUGUCUUAAAUAGUGUGAGUGUAAUGAGGUGCAGGUGUGUGCGCAAUCAGUCCCAGGUAUGAGGGCCUAUGGGAAACGUAGUCCGAAUGUAAACCAGUCAAUAUUCAGGUGACGGCUCCCUCCGGUGGUGCGGAGGAGGAGGCGCGAGAGCCACAUUCGUGACAGUGUUUUUACAGUUUUUCUGUAUUUUUUACAAAAUUAUUCUGGCAACCACAGCUGCCAAAAUUAUUUUGUAAAAACUACGGAAUAUUUUUUACAGUGUAUGAAAGGCCUCAGAAAAACCUGUGCCACAAUCUCAGAAGACAAAACUUUGGUGCCUUGCACAUUAAGUCGUUUGUUUGUUUGUUUGUUUGUUUUCUUUAACUUUGCAACAGUCCAGGAAAAGGUGAUUUCAAUUUUUAUAAAAAUGCUUGUAUUUCCUGAAUUAUGGAAAGGAACUUGAAAGGUCUUUGUGUGUUCAUGUGAUAAAUGACAUUAAAACAGAUCUGAUUCACUCAUAA